ACAGACAGGGACGAGCUAAUAACGGGAUGACGCUGUGCUUGGUUUCUGUCAUAUACCAACACGGACAAUCCACAUCCAAAUCUAAAGUGUAGGGUGAAAGUAGACCCACAAAACCUGACAACGGACAGUUGUCAAAAUUGGAGCUGCAUCAACAGAUCCAGGAUUUUGAUAUCGGUAUAAAGGGGAACUCUGGACGUGGCACUGGGCUUUUAUCUUGGGUCUCAUUUUGAGGGGAAUACAUACAGAGCCUUGGCUUGGGGGGAUUACGUGGUGGAUUUCGUCGAGACACCAUGUCAAUCUUGCCCUCUUUCGGAUUCACGCAGGAGCAGGUCGCUUGCGUCUGCGAAGUGCUGCAGCAGGGUGGGAACAUGGAGAGGCUCGGGCGAUUCCUCUGGUCCCUGCCAGCCUGUGACCACCUCCACAAGAACGAAUCCGUGCUCAAAGCGAAGGCCGUUGUGGCCUUCCACCGGGGAAAUUUCCGUGAGCUCUUUAAGAUCCUGGAGAGCCACCAGUUCUCUGCGCACAACCACCCUAAACUGCAGCAGCUCUGGCUGAAGGCGCACUACGUGGAGGCGGAAAAGUUGCGGGGCCGCCCGCUCGGGGCUGUGGGCAAAUACCGUGUGCGCAGGAAAUUCCCUUUGCCCCGUACGAUCUGGGACGGCGAGGAGACAAGUUACUGCUUUAAAGAAAAGUCUCGGGGUGUGCUACGUGAAUGGUACACGCACAAUCCUUAUCCAUCUCCACGAGAGAAGAGGGAGCUGGCGGAUGCAACGGGACUGACCACCACGCAGGUCAGCAACUGGUUUAAAAACAGGAGGCAGAGAGACCGGGCAGCCGAGGCAAAGGAGAGAGAGAACAGCGAAAACAACGGCGUUGGCGGUAAUAAACAGAACCAGCGGUCCCCGCUUGACGGAGGAAAGUCGCUCAUGUCCAGCUCGGAGGAUGAGUUCUCUCCGCCGCAGAGCCCCGAGCACAACCCCGUGCUUCUGCUGGGGAACAUUAACCAUCCCGGGGCUCCCACAUACCCAAUGCCCGGCCUCGGUGCACAGCAUUCGGUACACAGUAUGCAAGGACAUCCGCACCAGAUCCAGGAUUCGCUUUUGGGAUCUCUGACAUCCAGCCUUGUGGAUUUAGGAUCUUAGUUCACAUUUUAAGCGACAAGACUGGAGCACGUUAUAAACGUAGGCCUAAUAUUACGGUAUUACUGCAUAGCCUGUUCUUAUGACUAAAGAGGACGUUUGCUGAAAUAAAAUAUUCUGUUGCGAAAUGCUUAGAAAAGGGAGGAAAUCAAAAAAAAGAGUUUGGGGAAUUUUGAGUUUACUGGAUAAGAGCGAAUAAACUGGUAAAACCAGCGAGGGUGAUAUUUUAGAAUAUUCACGGUAUUGCCCAACAGUAAACCGUAAAUAACUUUUAAUAAUUUAUGUAGUUUUCCUUAAAGAUUAUCUAUAGAAAUUGCUCUGUAUUGGACAGCACGAAGAGCAGGAUUUUUUCAUGUGAAAAUCACUGCAUCAAACAUCUUUAACUUAACACUAUGAUUGUGGACAACAUUGUUCAGUUGCUUUUUUUAAUUAUUAUUAUUUUUAUUCAGUUAAGACAAAUGUAUGAAGCCACUACAUUUCAUUUACAUUUCUAAAAAAAAUAAUGUGGUUCUCCAGGAUUUAUUUUAAAACAUAUUUUUUUUUAACUGUUGGAGUCAUCAUCAUCUGUUUUGAACAUUUGUCUUUAACAAAAAUAAAUAAAUAAAACAGUGUGGGCCUAAUAAUCAAAACAAAAAAAAAUCGGAAUAUAUUAUAUACAUAAAAGGCUAAAAAAAAAAAGCUAUAUAUAAAAAAGAAAAAAAGACAUAUGCCAAUCCGCGUGACGUGUCCUAGCCGGAAGAGGGCAUGAGCGCGUGAAAAAUGAGAACGUCUGAAACGUCAACAAGAAGGUAGAGGGGCAGAGAGACGGCCAAGAGGCGUCAGACUGCGAGUAAGACCAACUGUAACUUUUUGUCUGUUAGAUUGUGCAGUCAAAAACUCAACACACUAAAUUAUAGGUAACUUUAAAGUCUAAUAAAGAUUUAUUACAUUCACUGACAUCACAAAAAAUGCAAGAUAGGUGAGUGAGAAAGACAGACAUCUGUAAAGGGGACUAUUUUUGUUCUGGGCUACCGAAAACGGACACGGAUCGGAACACUGCAGCCAAACCACUACAAAAUACUCGGUGUUUUUUUUUUUUUAUUAUUAUUUAUUUAUUUUUUUUCUAGUAUCAAUUUAACACAACUUAAAACAAUUGUCAACUUGGGUUUAAAUAAAAUUAACCGUUUCAUUAAGACCACAAGAAACAAAACACUAGGCUACACAUGAGACAAGAAACGAAAACGUUGAAUUUGCUGCCUUUAAAGAGAUUAAGAAAGAUUAAAUAAGAAAUAAAUAAGUAGCUAUAUAAGCACAUUUCCAGUUAGGCAUUUCCGCAUAAUAAAAUGAAAACUAAUGUUUCAGGAUCAGGAAUAUUCUGCUGCGAUCAGCUCGAAAUCUCAUGAAACUGUGUUGGCCCACCCCAACAACUCCUUCUCUUACCUCGAUAGCCUCGUGUCAGGGUAAUUGAUUCUGACCAGAGAGCGCAGAGGGUUUCCGGGCUCUAAUUAAAACCAUUCUCCGGGUGUAGUAUGGCUUGAUUGCAUGAACUGGGGGACACCCUUCCUGCUUCCAUCCUCAGGGUGAUGCACUGCACAACAGGGAUAUGUCUGUCUGUCUAUUCUGAAAAUCCCGGUUUCGUUUAGCAAUAAACACAGGCAAGAACUUUUAAUCAAAUAGCUUUAGAAUUAGGAUUGAUUAUGGCAGUUUUGACUCUAAGGCCCCCGCACUGUCCAAGACAUUAUUUGAAGGCCCCCUCGCCCGAAACUAGACAUGUCUGAUUAAAAUAAGUAAUCAUGGAUGAUUUUUUACUCUAGAAGUUUCAGAACUAGUCUUUUUAUAAUAUUGUGGCAUACAUCUUAAAGUAUUUUUUGCAUUUCAAUUAAGUUGGGUUAUUUUAAUAUUUCUUUAUUUAAAAAACAUUUUAAGUCACCUUGAGGCCCCCUUGGAAGUGUGCUGAUGCCCCCUAGUGGGUCCCGGCCCCAUGGUUGACCCCCUAGUGGGUACCUGCCCCAAAUUCAAGAAUUCAUACAAUUCUUCCAUGAACAAUACACCAAAGCUGGGCAUGAAAGUCAGUUGUGGGUUUUAAUCAGCAUGUUAAUGCAAGACGCAUAGACAUUCCUUACAUUUGCUUUCUUCAUGUUGGUAGUUUCUACAAAACUAACAGAAAUGUUCAGAAAUCUAAUAAUAAAGUCUCACAUAAAAUCACAAAUAUAGGCUUUAUUAUUUUUUUUGUCUUGGUGACGUGGCCAAUUGUCGUGAAUGUCUUCAUGUGUCUAAACACGGUUAAAACGAGAAACUUUAGCAAUAUUUGAGUCUGUUCGCAUACCUGCAUUUUUCUAUGCUCUGGACAUCACUUUUGUAUAUUUUUUAUACAUUGAUGCCGUGUUCAAUACACCUUUGCAUGCUUCAAACAAAAACGAAGCAAAUAAAUUAAUAUGGGAUAAUGUUAAAGAAUUCAUCUGAUUAUUAUUAAAUGGCAUUACUGACUUCUCAAAGGUGCAGAUUAAAUACCACAGAAUACUUGCAAACCUGUGACAUUCGAUCCUACACUCUAGGAUUUGGUAGCUUCACCUGCACAGGUUGUCACUCAUCCAGAACUCUCAAGGAAACUGAUCCAUAUGGCUUUUUUUUAUGGAGAGGGGGCAGCACUGAAGGAGCUUUUUAAGCUAGUCUGAAGAGAGCCAGAAUAGUGGGAUUCUGUUACCAAUGAUGCAUGGACCUGACAACACUUAAACCAGACCCUCACUGAAAGCAUGUGUUUGUGUGA